CGUGCAAUUUGCAAUUCAAGGAAAACAUGCAUGGAUCAAACAAUUGAAUAUUUGUCCAUCAAAAAUUCAUUCUUUUCCAUUUUACGAUAAUGAUGGAUGCUUUUCGAUUGUUAACCAAAGGUGCGAAAUUUGAUUCGAAAUUUCAAACAAAAUCUAAAAGAUUUAAACCCGACGAUAACCAACCAGACAAAUCACCAGAUGAUAUGAGAAAAAACGCCGAAAAUGAACCAAUGAAUGAUGAACAAUUUCGUGCCAAACAUGAUAUUAUGGUUGAUGGUUUUGAUCCGAUUAAAUCGCCAAUCAAAUCAUUCGAUGAAAUAAAUGAAAUAGCUGACGAUUAUCUUCGACAAAAUCUCGAAAAAAGCAAUUAUCUAUGUCCCACUCCGAUACAAAUGCAAACCAUACCCUUAAUGUUAGAUCGACAACAAUUGAUUGCAUGUGCACCGACUGGCUCCGGCAAAACAUUGGCUUUUCUUUUACCAAUCAUCAUUCAGCUAAAAGAACCAAAAUCUUGUGGAUUUCGAGCAAUCAUUCUAGCACCAACACGUGAAUUAGUCAAACAAAUCCAUCGGGAAUGUUUGUGGAUAUCGAAUGGUUCUGGAUUACGAGUCCACAUGAUUAAAAAUGUUAAUUUAGCAGCCAAGAAAUUUAAUACAAAAUCUAAACUAAAAUAUGACAUAUUGAUUACGACACCGAAACGUUUGGAAUAUCUUCUACGAAAAACAACCGAUUCCAUUAAUGUUGAUAAUCUUGAAUGGCUGAUUAUAGAUGAAUAUGAUCGAUUAUUACAAACGACAUUUAUGCAGCAAUUAUCGUCGAUAUUUAAUAUUUGUUUUGAAAGAUCAUCAACAUUGAAAUUGGCAUUAUUCAGUGCUACAUUCAAUGGCCAUCUACAUGAAUGGUGUAAAUUGAAUCUGAAUAAUAUCGUCACCGUUAUUAUCGGUGAACGAAAUAAGGUCGUCGAAUCAAUAGAACAGAAACUGGUAUUUACCGGUAAUGAAACUGGGAAAUUAUUUGCAUUGAAAGAAAUCAUUGCCAAUGGCUGCCAAACACCGGUAUUGAUUUUUGUGAAUACAGUACGGAAGGCAAAUUUUUUACAACGAGAAUUGGAAGAUUCCCUUGCCAUAACAGUGGAUACAAUACAUUCGGAUCGCAAACAAGAAAUACGUGAUCAAAUUGUUCGUUUGUUUCGUGAGGGAAAAAUACUAUUUCUGAUUUGUACAGAAUUAAUGGGACGUGGAAUUGAUUUUAAAGCCGUGAAUUUAGUGAUCAAUUAUGACUUACCUAGUUCAGCGAUUGCAUACAUUCAUCAUGUUGGACGUACUGGUCGUGCUGGCCGCACCGGUAAAGCCAUUACAUUUUAUUCAUUGAAAGAUGAAAAGAAAAAUUUACUCCCCAUUUUACAAGUAAUGCACCAGUCUGGAUGCUCAGAUAUUCCUCAGCAUGUUCAAAAAAAAAUUCUGGAAAAGCAAAAACAAAAUGAUGGA